AUGAAAGAAGACGUACGUGCGAUCCCGCGCAGCAUCGUACGCUGGCUCGCGGCCACCCGUGCCCCGCCACCCAGCCCACCGUCCGGGACGGUGGCUUCGACCGACAACUGGGAGCCAUUGAAGGUCGGCAAUUCGCCGGCAGAUAGGUUUGUGUGCUCGCUGCUCGUGCCACGACCGCAUGCGAUGCCAUGCCCUGCGAGGGAUCAAUCGACGUUGACCAGUGCAGAGGCGAUCGACCCUGCCGCUUUAGCCCGCGACUUGCUCCCGGACCUGGUGUCACCGGUCCCAGCGCCUGGCGCUUCAUUUUCGAUGGGCGGGGACAUCGUCACACACCGUCUCAUUGGCGACGACGAAGAUCUCGACGCGAUCGCACGAUGCACGUCGCCGUAUCUUGUGCCGGUUGUGGCUGCCAUCUUGCCCAAGAGUCUUCUCGUGGGAGGAAACUUUGCCAGUCUCCGGCAGCUGAUGGCGGAACACAAGGACGCGCAUCCAGGCCCGUUGAUCGAGAUCGAGUUCGGCCACGCUGUGGCCAGCGCGCUCGUGGAUGUCCACGCCCACGGUCUCGUCCACGGGUAUCUCUCGAGCCACAACGUCUUCUUCAGCCCGGCUUUAAAGGUCCAGGUCGGUGUGCCCGGGACGUCGGCGACCGACGAUGCGCUGCUGGCAUGGACGGCCCCCGAAGUGCUCGCAGGCGACGCGCCACCCUCGUCGGCCUCUGACAUUUACGCGUUUGGCAUUCUCAUGACCGAGCUCGACACGUUGAAGCUGCCGUACGAAGACGAAGCGUUCGACGACGAAGUCGCGCUCACGACGGCGGUGGUCGACGGCGGCUACCGACCAGCGCUGCGCGACAACUGUGAGGAGUGGCUUCAAGACCUCGUCGAUCGUUGCGUGGACGCUGACCCGAAUUUGCGCCCAACGGCGGUCGAGCUCGCCGCGUCGCUUCAGAAACUCUUGGAUCAAGCCACGCGCCUCGCCCGAGCCGACGACCCAUAA